AUGCUUUGCUGGUGGCCGCGAGGCCCACUUCUCGGCCAGAGUUACCUGGACUUGUCUCCAGACAGCAUCCCUGGUCUCAGGAACAACUUCUACGCCGGCUUCGGCUUCCGCACAGACCAGAAGAACGGACUCAUGUUCUACUACCACCAGGCUCAGGACGGUGUGUGUCAGGUGUUCCUGGAUAAGGGUCAUGUGGUUGUGAGGGCGGCUGACAGCGAGGUGAAGACUCAGAAGACCUACAACGAUGACAACGAUCAUUAUUUAACUCUGUACAGCAACAACAACGGGUUACGUCUGUAUGUGGAUGACGUCCUGGAGAAGGCUGGGGAUACUGGUGGUGGAGGGGCCAGCAGCCAUGCGGUGCUACUACCUGGAGGGGUCUACCUGGGAGGAACACCUGACAACAGCCUCAACAACCUCACCGGCUGUCUUAGCAACCUGUUCAUCAAGAGAGACAAGCCUUCUCAGAUGGUGAUGAACCUGAUCAAUGCGAAGGAGAACGUCGACGUUCCUCUAGACUGUCCCGCUGCCAAGAAACCUCAGCAGAUCCUGGCCACACUCCCACGCCAGAAGAGGCCUAAGGUGCCAGGUCCAGGAGGGUUUGUGGGCUGUGUGAGGGACCUGGAGCUGAAUGAGGAGAGCCCAGCCAGUCCCUCCACCAGCCUGGGGGUUGUACCCUGCUUCCAGACCGCUCUGCAGCCUGGGGCAUACUUCUCUUCCCAGGGAGGACACAUGGCCAUAGAUGAGUCCCUGACGUUGGGCCGGAACCUGGAGGUCCAGCUGGAGGUCAGGCCGGUGUCAGACUCUGGUCUCCUGUUGCAUGCUGGUUCCAGGGCAGGACGACAGCUCAGCCUCUACCUCUAUCAGGGAACCGUAACUGUCACAGUAAACAGUGGCAACGGAGAGUUCUACACCUCCUUCACACCAGAGGAAUCCUUGUGUGACGGACGCUGGCACAGUAUCACAAAUGGUGUUGAUGUGCCGGGCCUCCCCGAUGCCCUGCCCUCCUUCCAUGGUUGUGUACGGAGAGCAGUCCUGAACCAGCGACCAGCCAUGCUUUCUAAACCCCUGUCAGUACACGGAGCUGUGGGCACACAGGGCUGUCCAGCCAUGUAG